AUGUGCAUCUACUCAGGGGGAGAAUACCCGCAGUACACACAACAGCCUUCACAGGAUGAGGAGGUUGUAAUGGAGCAGGACAGUGAUCAGAAAUCUUUAACAUUGAUAGAAAGAGUUUAUUAUAGAGAGAAGAGAGGGUUGAGGGAUGCGAUUUACAAUGAACGAAACGUUCGUAUAUAUAGAAAGAAAUUUACUGUGCAAAUAGUGCAGCGGGCCCCACAUCCUUUUAUAUUUUCAACAUAUACGGCUGCUUUAUUUGACUUUCAUAACAAAGAUGAUAUUUAUGUUUUUUAUUCUAGAUUUUAUCUCUUGGGGGAGAUUGGUGGCCUUCCCUUUCCGAUAUUUUCAUUGGUAACAACUCUUGCUAAGCAGAAUAUAGCAUUUCGUGGGACUAAUGAGAAGCUUGGUCAGAAAAACAAUGGAAACUUUCUGAGUUUUAUUGAAUCAUAUGGAAUUUUUGAUCCAGUCAUGCAAGAGCAUAUCAGAAGGAUUAAGGAAGGUCAGACUCAUUAUCAUUAUUUAAGCCACAAGAUUCAGGAUGAGUUGAUUGUUAUGCUAGGACAUGAGCUCAAAGUUAUGAUCAUCAAGAAAAUUCAAGAGGCAAAGUAUUUUUCGGUUAUUCUCGAUUGCACUCCAGAUAAAAGUCAUAAAGAACAAAUGAGUCUUGUUAUCAGAUGUGUGGAUGUCUCCAUGGCUAAAACACAAGUUGAAGAAUUUUUUGUGACAUUCUUAGAAGUUUCAGAUAAAUCUGGAGAAGGACUUUUUGAGUUGCUUUGUGAUACAUUGGCUGGUCUCAAUUUGAGUAUUGAUGAUGUGAGAAGGCAAGGAUAUGAUAAUGGAUCUAAUAUGAAGGGAAAACACAAAGGAGUACAAAAGAGAUUGCUGGAUAUCAACUCAAGAGCAUUUUUUACGCCAUGUGGUUGUCAUAGUCUCAAUUUGACUCUUUGCGAUAUGGCUAAAUCAUCUAAAAAGAGGAUUGCUUUCUUUGGAAUCAUUCAACGGCUAUAUUGUUUGUUCUCAGGAUCUACAACUAGAUGGGAGAUGUUUAAGGAAAUUGUAGGAGGGCUCACACUUAAGUCAUUAUCUGAAACUCGUUGGGAAAGUCGCGUUGAAAGUGUUCGAGCGAUUCGUUUUCAGGCUCCAAAAAUAAGAGAUGCGUUGGAUUACUUGGCAGAAAAUUGUGAGGAUCCUGAAGCUCGAAGCAAUGCUGAAGUUCUUGCUACAAGUGAAACUCAUGGAAUUGGAGGAUUUGAGUUCUUAUUUUCUAUGGUCAUUUGGUAUGAGCUUCUAUUUGCCGUUAAUACAGUAAGCAAGGUGCUGCAAUCAGAGCAUAUUGAUAUUGAUAAUGCUGUGUUGCAAUUGAAAGGGUUGGUUUCAUAUUUGAACAACUACAGAGAAGUUGGAUUUGAAAAAGCAAAGGCAGAAGCUACGAUUAUUGCAGAAUCAAUGGAUAUUGAGCCAAAUUUUCCUGCUCAACGAAGGCACAUUAUUAGAAAGAAGAAACAUUUUGAUGAGGAGCUAGAAAGGGAUGAUGAGUUUGAGACGCUGAGUGAGGAAGAGAAGUUUAAGGUUGAUUUUUUUCUAAGAAUCGUGGAUCAAGCUAUUGUAUCUCUUCAGAUGAGGUUUGAACAAUUUGAAGAAUAUGGGAAGAUUUUUGGAUUCUUAUUUGAUCUAAAGAAGCUGAGAUUAACAUCAGAUGAUGGUUUAAAGGCAUCAUGUAUCAACCUUGAGAGCUGUCUUAAACAUGGUGAGAUCUCAGACAUUGAUGGAAAUCAUUUAUUCCUAGAACUCAGGGUUUUAAGAAAUGUUUUACCAAGCGAGAUCAGAAAGGCCAUUGAUGUGUUAGACUUUAUAAAAAGGUAUGAAGUUUGCUGCUAUCCAAAUAUUCUUAUUGCAUACAGAGUGAUGUUGACGAUUCCAGUUUCUGUGGCUUCAGCCGAAAGAAGUUUUUCCAAGUUAAAGUUAAUAAAAUCUUACAUGCGGUCAAGUAUGUCAGAAGAUCGAUUGAAUGGUUUAGCAAUGCUGUCAAUUGAGAGAGAUAUGGUCGGGAAGCUUGACUAUCAAAGUUUGAUGAAUGACUUUGCAGAAAAAAAUGCAAGAAGGAGUAUUUUUCAGAAGAUGUAAACUAUCGGUUCAUUUGUUUUUUUUUUUGUGUACGGAAACUAAUGUUUUGUCACUAAUUUAGUACUUUAUAUAUGAAACUAUGUUUAUCGGUUUGUUUUUGGGAUAUUUUUGUGAUAUAAUAUAUAGGCCCCCGUUUUUCAUUUUGUUUCAAGCCCCCAAAUUCUCAGGACCGGCCCUGUUCCUAACCGGGUUUGAACAAUCUAAGAACCAUGGUUUUCUUCUGUUGUGCAGGAGGAGUAUAUUGAUAGGCACGUGGCUUUGCAAGGUUUGAAUCUGUCUAUUUGCUGGAGAGGCUUUUGGAAUGAGAACAUGUGGGAUGCAAAACCAAAGCACGUGGCUUCAUUUUUGCUUAUAAACACAAAGGCAUUAGAGAAACUGGUAAUACAGUUGGGACACGGUUACUUUAAGUUUAGGAGAAAGUUUAGAGAGUUGGUUCGGACACUUUCUCGCAAGAAAAAUGUCUCCAUUGUUGUCUUAACCAAUUAAUUAAGGAGAUAAAACAUUAUAAUAUAUAUGUGUGUGAUGAAUCUGUUAACUCUCGAAUACAUUUCAGUGUUUCUCCUCAAUCUCGUUACUGGAUUUGAUUGUUUACGUUGUUUCUACUUGAUUUAAAAACUUGACCAUGCCACAGUUAAUCUGCAUGAUUCCUAACAUAACAACAGGUGUAAUCGCUCUCUUUUUGUUGUUAUUCAGUUGUGAAUUGUGAUUUAAGUCAAAUGGUCACCUUCGAUUGGUUACUUGUGUACUUUAUGUGCUUCAAAAUUUUAAUGGGGGUGGGGAAG